AUGCCGAGUGUCCGAAAACAGUCGUCGUUCCAUCGGGAACGCGCUCAAAACGAAGCGACCAUCCGAAUAAGGUCCCAUUCGGCCAAGUGUAAGGUACUGCCAGAGAGCGUAGAAGGAAAAAAGAGGGUAGCUCAGUGAACAAUUUAUUAGUUUCAGAACCGAAUCCAUAACAUCGACAUCGAACCGUCCGUGAACUACUUCAUCGCAAUCUUCAAGGAUAUCGAUGACUCCGUGGAGCACAUUGGGUUCGACUAUCAUCAGAGACUGUUUGAAGCUUUCGAGCGUGAGUUCUUCUUUGAAACUUCCCUGAGAAUCAUUCCGAUCUAUUCCAGCAUACCUCCGUAUCCGUGGCCUGACUGUCAAUGACGUCGAAUUCUUUCUCGAGAAGAGCUCGACGGCGAUCCCGGAGAACGCGGAAGCCCGUUACCUGGCCGGCCACAAGAUCUUCGUCCGAGGUACGUCUCCGUUUGUUUAUCCGCCACGCCAGAAAUCUCUAUCAGUUGUAGUAUCACAAAUUGAAUCGCCGCUGUGUUCCUCCUCCCCCUCCCACAUAACCCAAAUAUUUUUGAAGAGCAAACACGGCUCGCAGGUGUAAAUAUGUACACAUUACGUGUUGGAUGCGUUCUGAACCUUUGCUUCUCACAAAAACUGGCUCUUUUUGUUGUGCGAAUCGGUGGAGCCAAGAAUGAAAGGGAAACGAUCGGAUUUCCUGACCGGAAGGCCAGAAUCCACUUGUAAGGGAUCAAGAUUUCCGAUUGGGACACAUCAUAACUUCUCAUGAUUCUCUGUGAGGUAAAACUUUAAAAACUAGGUCAGAACUCUGAAUCAUCGCUCCCUUUAUUUACUUUUUCCUUAUCUUAUCUCUCCAAAAAUAGUAAAGUUGCCCAAUGUAGCAGUUUUCGGAGCAUUCCCCUCACUUCCUCACCCUGUUCUAAGCUAAAAAUCAGUUCCGCAUCUCGGAUUACUCUCAUUGACACUGUUAAUGUUUCAUGGUCGCUAUCAAUUCUUGAUCCUCCGCCGCUGCUCCACUUCACAAUCCUUAAUCCAAUCGGUGUGUGUUUUUUCCUUUUUUAUACGUAAGACUCAAAAAACAAGACACACAUAAUAUUUAUCUUUUAUGAAUUUUCCUCGUUCGUCUUCUGCCUCUCUAUCACAUGCUUCUAAUCUCGCGCACGUGUGAUUCCUAUUCACUUCUUUUCCCCCCUAAUGACCACUAACCUGAUGCCGUUCCUUUCUAAAGCCGUCUCCACGUCUUCUUCUUCUUCUUCUUCUGAAUCGUAUUUGUUUUUGAUCAUAUCUCAAUUGGGCCCGAAUUGGGCUACAAAAUCCGUCUCACUCACACACAUUUUUCUGACGUGUGCCAAAUUUGGAUAUCAUUCGUUCCCCUAUCCGCAAAAAUCUUUGCGAACAUACCCAGGAAAAGAGUCUACCAGAACCGAAGAACUUUUCAAAAUCGGCCUAUGCGGAUUAUAGAAAGGGACGGCGAAGGAUUACGGCAGGCAUUCCAAUGAUCAUUAAACUGUUUCGGAAACCCUUUGAUUGGUUCUCUCUUCUCGUUUUCCAAUUCCGUUCAAUCAGAAGAAAGGCGAAACGAGAUUGUACAACUGGAUGUUCUUGCUCUUGAGAACUGAUCUGGUUGUUUGAACAGAUUCUUCUGAGACGACGCCAAAUAUCUAAGACAGGCAGGGGGACUCACUUCUUGAUUCUGUUGCAAGAUGAUACUAGGAAAAGAAAAUGACAGUAAUUGACAUCGCUUUAUCUGAACUCUCUGUGGUGGACCCCAGCUUCUCAGCUCCACAGUUCCACCAAAGUGCGCGGUCCCUUUUUCGUCUUACUGCUUUCACUCCUGCUUUCCCUUCUCUCGUCCCUUAUGCGUUUGCUUCCCGAUCAGCUUAAAAACACACUCAUCUGAUUAAUCCAAAAAGGAAAAGCGACGGCGCCCGUGACUCCGCCCCCAUCGUUUCCCAACGACUUUGGAAAUCUUGUCUUCGUGCCGCCGCCGCUCGCAGUCUCUCCUCCCUAUCGCGCCGCACAAAAACGAGAAGGAGAGGACCGUCAUGAAUUUAUUCAUUACUCGCUUCUUCCGUCUCACUUGAGCCCGUCGACGUACUGCUUUCUGCCGAACGAAUGGAUCCACGUCGUCGCGUCGGAUAGAACGGAGAGAAUGGAAAAGUUGGAGAAAGGGUUGCAAGCGGCCAAGAGCAGUGAGUUCGCACCACAAAAUGCAGCCAUUCGCUUCCGAAAUGGAAUCGUCGUUUGGAUUCCACGUCAUCGAAGCAAUUUAUCACAUUUUACUCGUUGAUGACAUGGAAAUCAGAGAAUCGGGCUAUUUCGGGCAGAUUUCUCACGCAAAAGGUGUAUUUUCGGAGCGAAAAAGGGUGGAGCUCGAUUCUCCACGGGAAUAAUGUCACGAAUCGAGAGCUCAUUCUGACAUUCUCAUUGACUGUGACGGAAUUUCAAAACGUAUUGUUUUAGCUGCUCUCAUUCACCAUCUUUUCUUAGUUAUGUGAAUAUUAUUGAAGGGCCUCCACGUCAUAAUCCGCUCCUUUCGUCACAAUGCCUGUGUCUGGCCCAAGUUCCCGUGCACCCUGAUCCCCGAGUGUUCCAUUGGGAGACUCCCCCUCAGCUCUUUCCCUUCGAUAGACCCUGAUUACCGCUCGUCGUCGCUUUGUCUCCGUCGUCCCAAUCCUAAUUUAAUUUCUCUGCCUUCCAGAAAGUCCAAUCGGAGUUCGUUAAAUGAAGGCCUCCCCUCCCUCCGGUGCGAGCUCUUUUUUGAGCAGCCCUCCCAUCGGAGGCGGUCUUCCCCUUUUCAUCUUUUUGCUCUGACGUAGAAUACGCCUGAGCCCCCACCACUAGUUUCCAAGCCUUCCUGGCGACACUUCUUCGUCGUAGUCGUCGUCGUAAAACUUUUGAGUCAUAGAUGUAGACAGACGCGCGGAGAAGAGGCAGACGCGGACGGACGAAAGAUAUCCCUUUUCAGGAGCACGCACGGGCGGCUCACCGAGCAAAACAUUAAUUGAGUCUCGAAAUCUGUCCAAUUUGAUGAUACAAAUAGCCGAUGACACCCCGCGCCUCGUGUGCGCCGCCUAGUCAUUCUUAGUAGCUCUCAAGUUAUACUCAUAUGUCUGUAUGUGUGUGUGUGCCUGCCACGUCAGCAGGGGAAAACCCAAACUAACCAAAGGCUCCACGGGUCCAAUUUGCGUUUCGCCUUUGUCUUGCUUUCCUUUUCUUUUGCUCCUGCUACUGGCGUUCAGCCAAUCAACUCACACACACAUACAACGUCUUAGCUUAUUUUGACUGCUCGUUCCAGGGGGGGGGACUACUUGCCAUCCGCCCACUCACAUUCUCAAUUGUUUUUUUGUGUAUUUGUGCAAGGAAAAAGAAAAAGGGCAGCGAAGGGUCACAUUACGGAGGUCUGAUUAGAUAUUCCGUUUUGCAAAACGGCAGCCAGCCAUCCAAAUGGAAUAUUUCAUGUUUUAGUGGGGAACUCGGACUGACGACGUCAUCCUCCGAACCUCGCUCUCUUCUCGGAAUUCAAUCACUUCUGAAAGUUCGGCAAGGCCCUCUAGGCUCAUAAAUAUUUUCCGAAAUUUAUUUAUUUGGUCCCAAGAAACCGAAUAAAAAACGGAAGAAAAGAGGAGGUUCGUCCCUCGAGCGUCCACUUCUUCAGAUUUAUGCUCCCGCUGGCUCCACCUCCUUCCAAAUCAAGUGGAUAUUGUCCUUCGGCACGCAAUCCCAUUCACACUCUCCUUCCUUCUAAGCUGAUUAACUGCUCGUUCAUACUGUAGCAAUGCUGCUCUUCGCAGUUUCCAACAAAUGUGUGUCAUUCCCACAAUUUCCCUUCCCAAGAUCUCUUCCAUUAUUAAUGUGAUAUAUAAAAGAGUACUUCCGGGCCCUUUUCGCUCUGUUUCCAUUUUUGGCUCCAUUUUUGAAUUGACACCAGCUGGGAGCAGAAUCGCCUCAUUCGCCGUUCUGCUUGCACUUGUAAGAAAACAAAUCUUCUCAUUCUAUUCACUUUUGUGCUAGAACCAAUUUUUUCAACUUGUGAGAAUUACCUGUGAAGUGGAAUUCUUCAGGGUUUUCCCCCAUUAACUCGAGAAAUAGAGGCAGAGAGAGAGAGAGAGAGACACCUAUAAUUAUGGUUUUCGUUUCGCAAAGGUCGCGCAUCGUCCAAGAUGAUUACAGCAUUGUGACGCUCCACACACACACACAUCCAUCCAAAGUUUUGCAGGACGUGGAAACAUGAAAGUGGUGAGGCACACGCGGGCGGCGCACAGUAUGGACGAGAGCAACGAAAGGGCGACACGCAAGAUGAGCGCCGAAGCCGUCUCCAGAAAGUCGUCGUUCGUCAACAGUCGCAUUGUGAGUUUCUUCCGGUCAGGGCUACUAAAUUUAACUUUCUAUUUUUGCAGUUGAACCGCGGCUCACGGAAUCAUCCCGGGCUGAAUGGAAGUGAUGACGCCGAGUGCCGGAGCAACGACAGCUCUCUGAGGUAAAAGAACUACAUUUACACUCUAAUCCGGAGAACCAAUUAUCAAGUCAUUCACUCUCGGAGAGAGAGAGAGAGAGAGUUCCCACACUUUUGAUUCCAUAAGUCUAACGAACUAGUCACGCGGUCUCACUUUCUCUUUCUUUACCCCUUCUCACCUCAAAUGUUGCCUUUUUCCAGUGUUCGUGACGCUUGGCAGUACGACGAACCGUCGUGCUCCGAAAUUCCCGACGACGGAGGAACGAGAAGAGCCCGUUCGGUCACUUCCUCCAGAAUAUCGUUGUUCUUCGGGAAAGAGAAGAACGAAAUGAUCCGAAUUCUGAAUCAACUGAAGGAAGAGACAGAACUCGAAAAUCAAGGCUACAAGCUGGAGAAAGAUUGGCGAGAAAUUGUCAAGGAUUAUCAGAAUCUUUCGGAGAAGAGAAUCAAGCAGCAGGAGGCGAUUUGGGAGAUCGUCGCCACGGAGCAUCGCUACAUCAAACUGCUCCGUUACCUCACCGACCUCUCCUUUUAUCUCACGAGUCUUCAGAAUAACGGGUUCCUCAAGUAAGUGUCACUUUUGCGAUCACAACCAUAUUAUUCAAUUUUUACAGAGACGUAGAAAACCGUUUUGUCUUCUACAAUUUCGUUAAUUACGCAACGUCAACUAUGAUUAUCUUUGGCUUCAGUCCAUUGAGCCCCUGCUGAAUCACUCGAGAAACACCGGAGAGCCGUUGGAUGUCAAGUUCCUUUCCGCGGGAUUCCAUGGCAUUGAGAACUGGUCAAGAUGCUACAUAACCUUCCAUCUGGCAUACCAGGAAUCACUCAAGCAUAUUCAGAAGAGGUUGAAGGACAACGAGCAGUUCAGGGAAUUCGUGACGGUGAGAGAAACUUAUGGACUUAUUCACAAGUGUAAUGUUUUCAGUGGGCUGAAUCGCAGGAAAACCUUGACCGCCAAAAAUUGAUUGACACACUCUCUCAGCCAAUGCAAAGACUCACCCGAUACAGACUUCUGCUGCAGGUGAGCACGGUCCCCGGGGACAUUAGACAAGAAAAAGAACACUGACGCACUUGGCUAAUUCUAUUUGCUUUUGCUUUUAUCCCAAUUUUCUUUUUAGGCCCUUCUCAAAGUGACAACCGAUGAAAGCGAACGAGAAAUGUUGAGGAAUUUGGAGGAAAGUUCGGAAAAGGCGACGCAGUUGGUCAACUGGGAGAUGAACAAUAACGAUUUGAGGGCAAAACUCGGAGACAUCAUGAGGACGAUAGAAGGGCCGGAGUUUGUGGAUCUCGACGAACUGGACAAACUGCUCGGGCUGAAGUUGCCACUGAUUCUCGGCGAGUUUAUGCCACUCCUCCAUCCACGGACGCCUACGGUUCGCGAGAUUUACCAUAGAGGAGACCUCCGGAUGCAGGAAGGAAAGAAGGGAUCGAAAGUGGAUGUGCACUGCAUGAUAUUCACUGACAUGUUCCUCAUCUGCCGGAAAGUUCAAGGAAAGAAAGAUCGUCUGAAGAUUGUCCGUCCGCCCAUCCAUCUCGGCAAAGUGGUUUUCCAUUACUUUCCCGACCAUUGCGGAUUCUACCUGGUCACUUUAACCGACUUCCACUCUGCCGCUUCCCUCUACUCUAUGCACACUUCCAGUCCCGAUGAAACACUCCGAUGGACUGAUAUGCUAAAGGUGGCCGUCGAAGAUUUCCAAAAGAUUCAUAUGAGUUCGUGGGGUCAAAAAGAGCAGGGAUCUCCUUUGGACGAGUACGGAAGAGGCUUCUUCGUGGAGCCGACAACGCUGUGUGCUCCUAGAAUCAUGCCGAGUGGAUAUGUUCAGCAACACAUCCCAGUCAUUCACAGAAAGUGCAGCAGCAUGGAUUCCCAGGCAGUCGCCGCCCAUGCUCAUCUCAACUGUGAGUUUAUACAAAAAAACAGCUACCGUAUUUGACGUUUGUCGUUUUCAGAUAUGCACCGAAGUUCGGCCGUUUGCUCGACCGAACAACUCGACCGUCACAAUGGAUCCGACGGCUCCAAGUGCGUCCCUCCCCGCCAUAAACUGAGCGUCGCCAGCUGCCACGCCAAUCCUCUUUCGUCUAGCAAAAGCUCUGUGGAUCUCUAUGUGUCUCUGGGAGCAGAAACCUCAGAAAUCGAACGGCCCCGCAGUAGAUCCAAUUCGUCCGGUCCAGACAUUGAAGGAUUGAAACAAAGGUCAAGAAGCCCGUCACUCUCAAGAAAAGAGACGGGAACACCGGCAGAAAUGGACUCUCCGGUCACGAACAACACUCCGCCCUGCAGGGAUUCUCCGACCCUCCUCAUCACUCCAGACGACUCUGCCGAACCGUCUCAAUCCGGAAGACGUUUCGAGAAGCGAUAUCACACUGCUGACGGAAUCGACGUGCUCAAACCGAAGAACUCGGUGAUUCCCGGAGGCAUUCUGAAAAGAUUUUCGUGGAAUGUGAGUUCGGCCGUCGGAGGGAGCCGGAAAAGAAUGGAGAGCUCGAGACGCAGUUCACAGGCGUCCAACGCUGCCAGCAUCGAUUCGUUCGGCAGCUCGACGAGCGGAAUAUCCACCUCUUCAUCAUCAAACAACAACAACGACAUGAGCUUGGAAGCGAUGACGGUAAGAGAAAAAUUGGAGAAGAAGAAGUAAUUCCCAUUGCAUCUAUAGACCAAACUCUCCCACAUCUCGACCAUCUCAAUCAACGACACUCCACAUGAGCCACAGGCAACAUUGAGCAUCAAUCUGGAAGCCCCGCCCCCAGUCGUCCUUGAGGUAAACGUCAUCUGAAAGAAACUCUCCAGAACAUCACGCCGUUUUUUUUCAGAAAGACGAGGAACAGUCGAUCGAAGUAUCCGUACCUCCUCCGCCGGAGCUGCCGCCCCCGAGCAAGACACCCUCGCCUAACUUCCCUUCCCAAAAAUCUGAAAAAAAUACUGCCAAAUGUCAAGAACUGCUGAAAUUCAUAAUGGAUAAUCAUCUGGAGACGUCGUGAGUACCAUCCAAACAUAUUCCGAUCAAUUAUGUUUGCUUUUCAGAGACGUCUAA